GUGUGUGCAUUUAUUCCUUGUAGAUUGUUAGAGACAGCAACGACAAUUUCCCAUCCUUGGCCUGGAUCCAGCAAAAGCAGCAACACUACAUAAACAUCCUGCGAGCUGUCUAUGAGCAGCAGGAGAAAGCCAGGGAGGAGUUUGAGAGACAGGAAGGUCUCGCGCCGGCCACACCCAUCUUCCAAAGUGAAGGGGAAGACGGUCUUGUACAGGAUCUGAAGAUGGAUUGUGCAGUGGAGUGCUACUCAGGUCACUUACUAGUCUGCCGUGGAGAGUUGAGGCAGGGUUGGGUUGGACGAGUUGAUAUUGGCAAAUGCAUCAAACAGAACUAUGGAAUAAGGUUGGACAACCGCAUUGUGUGUUUAACCAUGGCUGGCAUUGACAUGGCACUAUUGGGAACGGUCUCAAAUUUCUUGUAUGCAUUCAGUAUCGGAACUCAGGAGGAGCUUUGGUUUGAGAGGUUACGAGACACUCCUCUAAGUAUCGUCUACAAUCCACAAACAAGGAAUGUAUACAUUGGAUUAGCAGAUGGAACACUGGCUGUUAUUGAGGGUGUGAGCCAUGCCAGUCCACGGGAUGUCUUCUAUCACGCCAUCGGUGCCAGCCCAAUACGCAGCGUUCUCUACCUCCCUAAGCUGGACAAGAUAUGGUGUGCCUGUGGUAACGCUGUCAGCAUCCUCAACAAUUCUUUGAAUGCCAAGGAUGGUUUUGAGAUUUCCAAGAGUCCUGAUAUCCACAUCUCUGGGCUGUACCUCGGUGAUCAUGGGGUCUGGGUUACUGUCCGUGGCUCAGCUAUUGCAAUGUUGUGGGAUGAAGAGCAGCUGCAGUGUGUUCUACUUCACGAUACCUCCACAGACCAAACGCCAAUCUUCACCAAGCCCCAUGAAAGCCUUGCCAAGUCCAAGAUCACCUCACUUCUUACCUAUAAAAACACCCUGUGGGUGGGCACAGCUGAUGGCCACUUAACCAUCUACACAACUGUCAAAGUUGUUGGGCCAGAAUCUUGUUUAACUCUGGAAAAUGGAGACCAUAACCAAAUGGAGAAUUCUGAAGAAUCAGAUAAAGACUUGAAUAAUGAGGCAGCAAAAGAAGGACCUGAGGCUGAGAGAGCUGAGGCUGUUGGAGAUGAUGUUGUGAGUGAUGAUGAAGAUGAUGUGAAACCACAGAACACCUCCUCUCAAACAUUGAAGGAGUUCGUUGUCGUGGUAUCGUCCAAAGGGUUGCCAGAGUCUCAGCCUGGUAGUGACACUGAUACCAGUACCAGAUCACAUCUGCCUCAUCUUGCCAAGGUACAAGACAUGCCUGGGACCAUCACCAGCAGCGAUGAUGAGCAUAAGCCUAAGGCUGGGCCCAAGGCUGUGCGAAAGCUCCGCAAGGGCAGCCGUAAGGGUCACAACAACCCCCGUGCACUGCGUAAGAUGUGGCAGGCCCGCCAGAAAUCCUCCACCUCUGUGGAACGGCAAGAAGAAGAGCUGUCCCCCCGAAGCUCCAAAACCAUGGAGAAGGUCCAAUCUGUGUUUGGGAAGCUCACCCUAGGGACAACAACGUCAAAGUCCAAGCAGUACCGCUACAGCCGGGAACUCCGGGAUGAGACUCGACGUGGGUCCAAGAUCUGUCUGAAUGAAACCUCAGAGCCCAGUACCUCAACCAUGUCCCUGAUGUCACUUGUAGAUGCUGAGUCCACGGUAUUACGACCACAGUCACUCUUGUCUAGAGACUCAAUAGGAGAUGUCUACACCCAGUAUGCAUCCAGACCCAGACCACCAUUGUUUGAUGCAUCUGAGAUUGAAGUCCAUCCACGAUAUGAACUUAACAUUGAAGCUAAGAGAAAGAUCUCUGAUUAUCAGGUCCGCUGUCUUGUGUUAACAAGUUUGGAAGAUGGGGAGCCUGCCAUUGUUAGCUGUGCCGGUUUCUAUGGCGAUGAUGAAUCAAUGCUACGCUGGACUUGCCACAUGCGUGAGAAUGUAUGGAUGCAAGUUCCAAUUGAGGAUACAACAACAUGAUUUGGGUAGUUGUCAGUCAUGCUUCAGUCAGGGUGUUCAUGAACAAAUCACAUCCUCAAUCAAUGGUUGAAGAGGGAGCGACAGGCAAUUUGACAUAUGACAUACACUGGGUCUAAAAGUCAACACUACUUUGGGUAGUUCGGCUCGGUAUUCACAUUUUGUUUUGCCAAGUGGUGAGUGUACAUGGCAAGGCACCAUGUUAUUAAAUAAUAUUACAUGUAGUGACAUGUGCAUGAUGAACCAUUGAAAAGGCACAAGUUGUCUUGUGCAAUCUGUUCUUGAUCAGGAUUGAAUUUCAUGGAGAUACUGACAAGAAAAUAACUGUUGAGCACACAUUUGUGAUAUUCAAGCAACACUGCUUGGAACCAGUAAGCUCAAGACACAAGUAACAUGUGUGUACUUAGGUGAGCAUAUAUCUGGGCUCAGAACAGCAUUUUAAAUCUUCACAUGUACUUUCAAUAUUCCAUUUUUAAAUUUUUCUUUUUACAUCUCAAGUUGUUUUUCUCCAGGUAACUAUUUCAAGAAAAAAAAAGGAAAUCACCCCCUCCAAAAAAACCUGUAGGAUAUACAAAAGGAUAUACUUUAACUUUGAAUACUUCCAAACUGUUAAAAAGCCAAUGUAAAACAUGUCAAAAUACAAGUAUAAAUUAUGUGUUUCUUUCUAAAAGUAUACUCUCCCUUGGUCACGGUCCAAACAAUUUUUCAAUUCAGUCACAUAAUUUAUUUAUGUUGUACAUUAACAGUGCCAGAUGUGUGUAGUGUCAUUUAAUUAAUAAGGAUGUGGCGUUGUUCUUUUCAUGCAGGAAUGUUGUAAUAUUCACAAUAUGAAGAUACAUGUAAUUCACAAACCAUGUUACCCUGUGACUUGCCAACAAGCAAAACAGCCACCCAAGCAUUUCCCUCGUGUUUUAUCCUCCGUAUCACACAGUAAAGCAUCAACUUA